AUGAUGGAGGGAAAGGGACAAUCGCUUCUCCGACGACCCCUUUUUGGUUUCAUACUCGAUGUCGGCAACCAAGAGGACAGAGAUGAACAGCAGCAAGGUCGAUGGGAGAAGAAAGGAGGAGGCAGCGAGAAUUCAAGUCUGAUGAUUUCUCCCUGGUUCGUGCGUCCUGAAGCCGACAGAAGUCAAGGAAGGAGGUUGCACCUCCGGAGUUUGGUUGGACCGAAGAAAGGACGAGAAACGGGGCAGCGAAAUCGUUUCUUCUCUACUCCAGUCGUGAGGUGCGAAGUGGAGGGAGUCAUAAGAGGCGUUCGUGAGGAAGUAGACAGCAGCGACGUCUCAGGUGGGGGGCUUCGAUGAUGAUUCUGUAAGGCAAGGAGAGAGAGCACCUUCGGUCUUCAUCCGUCCGAGAGUUGAUCGGACCAAGGCAAAAUCAAAGGGAUUUUUUGCAGCUCCG